AUGGGGAACAACCCUUCCAAAGGCCCGGCCGGCGAUGCGCCGCCAGGCCAUGCGCAUGCCGGCUCAACGGGGGACAGAAAGGUGAUUCGUCGACCGUCCCUCAAUGCAAUUCCGACAUCCAAAAGUGUGGCCGCCGACCCCUCCGCGACCAGAGAGACCGUCGCCGGCCACUCGGCAGCAUACCAGGCACCCUCGCAACACCGGUUACAGACUCGGACUGUCCCCGAUUCCCCAACCCGGCCUCACGGCCACCAGGAGAGACUUGACACACGGAGACCCCAGCCCGCUCAAAGCAAGAAUAUCCCCUCGCCCGACCCCACCAACCCGGUCCAGGUUCCAACCUCUCGCCAUGGCGCGGGCCGCGACUCCGUGGCCCCCUCUGGCCCGCCUCUCAACUCUUACUAUAGCGCGUCGGCGCACCUGCAGCGCCCACCGCGCAUGCCCCUGCCCAUUGGCGAUGCUACCACCACUCCCGGCUCGCCGAUCGUCGGCCCCGAAGACUCGCAUAUCCAAUCGCUUCCCGCGGACCGGCUUCUGGAUGAGCAGAUGGACCAGGAUGCGUCGACGGUCGGCAGCUCGACGUUGGAUGGGGAUGAGUUGGUGGACGAGCUGCAGCCGUAUACUGUGAGUGGGGUGGGGAAGGCCGUGCCCACAUUGAUUGAAUGGACGGGACCCGGGGAGAAGAUCUAUGUGACGGGAACAUUUGUCAAUUGGGAGAAGAAGUUUCGUCUACAUAGAAGCGAAAAUGAUGGAUCCGUCAAGUGCACCACCACAUUGAAUCUGCGGCCCGGCACGCACCAUUUGAAGUUUAUUGUCGAUGGCGAGAUGAGAGCUGCAGAUAACCUUCCGACAGCUGUGGAUUUCACCAACCACCUGGUCAACUACGUCGAAAUCAGCGCAGAAGAUGCCCAGAGGGAAAACGACAAGACUCCGCAGUCCGGGGUUCCGCCGGGAGUCCACCCGCCACAGGCACUGCCCGAAGACCCGAAGCAAGACCAAUCCGGGGAGACAGUGGAAGAGCCGCCGAAGGAAGAGAUCGAGGAAGAAGUUGCGCCCGGGGAUUUUGGCAGUGACAUUCCUCAGUUCCUCGCUGAUCUGGACAAGGAGGAAGACAGUCCCGCCUACUUGCAGGCUGCCAAUGUGAUUGGGGAUAUGGCCACUCCGCCGAGUCUGCCGCUGUUUUUGGGGAAAUCGAUCUUGAACGGUACCACCCCGAUGAAGGACGAUAGCAGCGUGCUCAACUACCCGAACCACACGGUUCUGAACCAUCUUGCCACGAGCAGCAUCAAGAAUGGUGUUCUCGCUACGAGUGUCACUACCAGAUACAAACGAAAGUUCUACUCGCAGUACGUCACGACCAUUUUGUACAAACCAACAGGCGACAUCACGGGAGAAUAG